UAUACGGAUACAGCUGGAACAUGAUGAUUUAUUACCCUGAUCCGUAUAUCAAAAUAUAUAUCAAGGAUCUCGAAAAUGGAGAAAAAACAGAUAUUUCAAAACUGGUUUCCGGUAAGAGCGAACGUAAUCGGUGGUCCUUCAAUCCGUCCAUGCUGAUUCAAUACAGCAAAUGUCUUGCCGCCAAAGUGGACACCGACGGCUCUAUGGCUGGAACAUUCGCAAUUACUUACGACAUAUGGGUGAAAGUGAACACGCGAUUUAGACGCAGACUCUACGAUCCUGAUAAGGACAUGUUAACAGCAGAGUGGGGCCUGUUCUCGAAAACCGAUUGGGUACUUCCGCCUUUACCGGAUUACUGGGAAAUGCGGGACAAGAAAAUGGAAAUGAUUUACAAGUUCAACGAAACUGUCUUUAGAUUUCAGGCAGACCUCCCAGGAUACACAGACGUGAUUCGCCUGGAUAACAAAACAGAUUUAACAAUCGGAGUGAUCAAAGGGAGAAUAAGUCUCGAGGAUCCUGUGUUAUCUAAAAAUACCACGCUGGAGGAGGGAGAGUCAUUUCAGCUUCCACCAAGAGAACAGUUUUUAGUACAUACAAUCUCCGACGAGCCAUCAUAUAUAAGUAUCAGUCAGCCAAUGGAUAGGAAGUUUGAGAGGUACCUGAAAGCAGUUGAAGCAAAGGAAAAUGGCGAAGAUCCCGACGGAGAGUUAAUGAAGGAAUUUAGCAGGGAUGAUAAGGACGUAUAUAGGUUUGACCAAUUGAUAGAUGACCGUAAAAAGCAGAAGGAGACUCCAUUCGGACCGAGCUGGACAUGGGAUGGCUUUGUCGUCUUCAUAAAGACAAAAAUCUUCUUGUUCAAACAUGGAAUGAUCUAUGCUUUUGCUGCUAUACGUAGUAUACUUGGAGGAAAGUCGUUUGAAGAAUAUGCCAAAAGUUCGAAGACGUAUUUUGGUUAAUCAUUUUACCUGUAGCAAAAUAAUAUAUCUCUUUCGAUAAUAAAUGAACGUCACUUGA